GGCGGGCUGGUGUAAUUGAUUCGCUAUCGAUUUCAAAAUUCACUUUUAAACGGCUGCCCGGGCAACCGUACCGGCUGCCACAACAAAGGAGCCAAGCUCCAAGCCCCCCCACACAUGCCCCACCCCAAUCAGUGAGUCCGCGAAAAACUUUCACUUGAGAAUGUCCCACAAGAGAUUCUAUGUGCGUCUGGAGCUGCAACUGCAUGCGCUGACCUGUCCGGGCGUUUGGCUCUGCUCGCACGGCUAUCUGGAGGCCACCAUCAAGACGCUGGGCUACUAUUUCCGCACUGGGGCGAUGGAGCCACGCUUCCCGAUGCUGUGCCACGACACGUUCAAAAUGGAGGGUUACUUCAAGAGCGUGGGCUCGCUGGAGCAGAUGCACGAGCUACUGAGGGCGGAGCAGCUGCAGAUUACCAUCUGGCAGAAUGGGCGUAGAUUGGCCUACUUCAUGGGCUCCCUCUCGGACGUGAUGCAGCCCACUGUGCCGCGCUUGAGUUGUGCCCACAGCUCCAAUGUGCAGCUGCUAAUGAAGGCAACGCCGGCCUUUCCGGGCAUCCUAGCGCCCAAGGUAGAGCUGUCGGCGCAAAUGACCAUGCAGGACCGACAGAACGGAUGCAGCUGCAACAGUCUGAACCACAGAGGAGAUCUUGCAGAGGUUUUACGCGCCCCGGUCAAUCGUCAUGUGGAGAGCCGUUGCACGAGUCGUCUGGAGCAGCCGCGCAAGCAACAGACCGUUUGCCAUGCCAAGAAAUCGCAUUGUUGCAGCUACUCGGGGGUAACCACCACAAGCAGCAGUGCAUCGCCAGGGCGGAAUCAACAUCAGCAUCAGCAGAACAGGCGACUCUCCACCUGUUCCAGCAGCACGCAGAUUAGUAGUGUCAGUCAGAGCUCCUCUCUGACACACGGCAGCCACCACUCGUUCUGCUUCGAUCCUGAAGAUGAUCACGAGAGCAGCUGCGACAUUUGCCAAGCGUACAGACGCGUCUUUGCCGCUUAUUAAACAUUCGCACACCACACAAACGUGUUUCUAUUAUCUAUAUCUAUGGAUAGUUGGUACAAAACUCU